CUUCGAACAGAUUUGAACGAGUUUUGAACGUGCUCCACAAUUUUUUCAGGAAUUUGCAGAUUUACCUUAGAAGCACGAUAUUGAAUAAAAUGGCUUGUUAAGAUCUUCAUUCAACAUGGCAACUUCAAACUGUGAAGCGUUUCCCAGUGCUAUUGGCGGUGUGUCCAGUCUCAUUGAAGACGAGAAGUUCGAUUUUGACGUGCCACUCUCGCCAAUUGAUUUUGAUGUUCGAGAGAUUAAUGCCGAUGAAGAGGAUGAGGAUGAAGUUUUCUUUGGUCCUGUGGGUCACAGAGAAAGAUGUGUUACUGUUAACAGUGGUGUUCAAGAUGAUGAAAAAUUUAAGCCCUUGAGUCCCCUCAAUGGUGAACAAAUUGCAGAACUGUUUAAAGAAGCCACUGCAGUGUCAAUAUUCAUCAAAAAUUCUUCCUUAACCCAGAAUAAUGAUAAUAUGACAGAUGAAAAGGAGAAUCGUGAUAUAUGUAAGCUUUUAUCACAAACAUUUACUGUCCAAGAUGAUAAAAAAGCUGUGUCAGCUGAAAGAGAUCAAGAAAAUGACCAAAGAACUACAAAAUCUGCUUCUUCCCCUGAGUCAGCUAGCAGUAUUUCACCACAGUCAACAGAAUUUCCAGAUGACAUGAACUUCCCUGUUACUCCAAGGAGAAUUUUGCAAGAAAGCAAUACCCAGAGUGGAGUGUUUCAGUCACCCUUUAAAGCACGAAAAGCGCGUCCUUUGCAAAAUACUUCUAAGUUUGUUCAAUCCAAGCUUCCUACAACACAGAUGACUCUGAAGACUCGUAGUUGUUUUAAUUCUCCUAUAAAAGUAGAACAUCUGUAUGGUCUGAGACGGAAAACUGGUGGUUCAGAGGAUGAAAAGAUUCCACGAGUUUCACAAAGUGGAAUAAAACCUCCAGGAUUUGGUUGUCAGCCAAGACGACGUCGCACAAGUUCAUCUUCCUCUGUGUCUUCCACUUCUAGUGCUGUAUCAGUUCAAUCAAGUGACAUGAAUGAGACUUUUGUCGUCUCCAAAGGUUCUUCUUCUGACAUUUCAUCUAUUCCAACUGUCUGUGCACGCAAAGUUCCAGUUACUAAGGCCUGCUUGAAGCCAGUAAAUGGAAAUAGUGCAUUGACAAAGCCUACCUUUUCCAGGCCUAAAGGACGACCUCAGCCAGUGAAAGCACUUCCACAGCCAGUCACUCACAGCAAGAAAGCUCCACCAACACCAACUGAUGUUCUGAAAUCAAAGAAGGUGCCUGGCCACACCCCUGGGCGUCGCUGGAGUGGAAUGUGCUCUGAGCAAAUGGUCACCAGGUCACAAACACCCAAUAGCAUACAGAGGUCCAAGUCAUUUAAUACACCUGUAAGGCAAAGUAGGAGUAACACUCCAACAGGCCAGGCUGUUAGACGAGCACAAACUCCCACUAAAGGGAAAAGCACAACAGUGCCUUUGACUCCAAGGAGAAGAAGUAGUGUCACACCAAGGGCUAGUGCCUCAAAAGUUCAAACAUCUGUGCAAAGGCGCAAAAGUGGUACAACAGCAGCUGUAUCCUCAAAGGCUCACAACAAGAAUGCCCCCCUACCAUCUACACCUGAAAAUGCAUGUUAUGCAUCCACUGAUAAUGUUACUCCACCAAAUCCAGCAGCUUCCAGUAAUGUUUCAAAAAGGAAGUCACUGAGUGCAAAUGGCCAAAAAAGAUGCUCUCUUCUGCCAACUCCUGUGAAAAACAGGAUCACUAGAUCCCAGUCACAGAAGUCUAGAUCAUUCAGCAUCAACAAUGAGCCUCCUGGACCCCUUUCAUUCAGCUCCUCCCCGUCAGCUGAAGUCAAACCAAGGAGUUCUGCCUCAAAACCAGAUCCAAAUCUGCAACUAUCACACACAAGAUUAUCUGAUCCAUUUUCUCCAGCUUCCCAGUUAGUUUCCAUCGAUCCGAAAAGUGUGAACACCAGUGACCAUUCAGUUGUUGGAAAUUUGAUUGAAUGGUCACCUGCUGUCGCCAGGGAAGGAAAUCUUAUUGACAUAUGAAGAUAUCAGAGGAAUAUAUCUGGCAUUUAAAGGCCAGAUUAAGAGAAAGACCAGUUUUUCACAUACAACAGUACAACAAUCAGGACACAAUGCUCUUCCAAAGAAACUUAAUGUUAAUAAAAU